AUGAUUCUUGCCGAGAAAGGAGGACUAUUUGUCCUCUUUGACAACAUAUUUCCCAUUGAUCCCACUGUGACCCUGCAGCCAUCCUGGACUCAGAUAUACAGUGGUGAGACAGUCACUGUCAGAUGUGAGAUUCAGGGAGGUGAAGGAGCUCAGUGGACGUAUGAAUGGAGACCAGCCAAGUUAAACACACCUCCAACAUCCAAUGAAUGCAGAAUCACAGUUUCUGGAGGAUACAGCUGCCGGGGCAGAAGGGGAUAUUCCUUCACAUAUUGGAGUGAAACCAUCAGACUGACUGUAUCAUCUAAACCAAAGGCUGGACUGAGAGCUGAUAACACAGCUGUUCCAGUAGGGGGCAGUGUGACCCUGACCUGCUCUGUGAACCCCUCACCAUCAUCAUCAUCAUCAUCAUCAUCUUCUGGAUGGAAAUACUACUGGUACAGAGAUGGGAAAUCUUAUAAACGUGUGACAAAUGAACAAAUCAGUGUCUCAGAGGGAGGACGCUACAGCUGCAGAGGAGGAAGAGGAGAACCAGUUUACUACACAGAGGACAGUGAGUCAGUCAGGAUUGUGUCAAACAGGCCUGUUGUGACUCUGUAUCCAAACUGGUCUGAGAUAUACAGAGGAGAGACGAUCACUGUCAGAUGUGAGAUCCAUGGAGGAGACACUGAGUGGGAUUAUGAGUGGGAAACAAACAGCAUCAGAAAACCUCCAAAACAAAAUGAAUACAGGAUUGGAUCUGCUUCAUCAUCCAACAGUGGAAACUAUCGCUGUAAGGGCAGAAUGAAAAGUUCACAGCAUAAAACAACAGAGUGGAGUGAUUCAGUCACACUGAAUGUAUCAU